AAAUUGACCCGCCCAACUGUCUUUCAAAUGCAAACCUACUCCCCACAGUACACACAUAAAUCUGUAUCUAUUUCACGCACAUUUGCACUACACUCACUAUGGAGAAGAUAAGCGUCGCAGUACGUUUAAGACCAUCCAAAAACGACGACGUUUCUCCCGGAAGCUUCUGGAAGGUCGAAGACAAUCAAAUCUCUCUUCACAAAUCUGCAGACACCGCUUCAUCACUCUCCUUCGCUUUCGAUCACGUGUUUGAUGAGGAGAGCACGAAUGCUAGGGUUUAUGAGCUGCUUAUUAAGGAUAUUAUUACUGCUGCUGUUCAGGGGUUUAACGGAACUGCGUUUGCAUACGGUCAAACUAGCAGUGGCAAGACAUUUACCAUGAAUGGUUCGGAAAGUGAUCCAGGAAUUAUUCACCAGGCUGUGAAAGAUAUAUUUGGAAACAUCCGGAUGGUAACUGAUCGGGAGUUUCUGAUUCGAGUUUCAUACAUGGAAAUAUAUAAUGAAGAGAUAAAUGAUCUUUUCUCAGUAGAAAAUAACAAACUGCCCAUUCAUGAGAGUUUGGAGCGUGGCAUAUUUGUUGCAGGUCUCAGGGAAGAAAUUGUUAAUAGUGCAGAACAAGUAUUUGAGCUCAUUCAAUCAGGAGAAGUCAACAGACAUUUCGGUGAGACAAACAUGAAUGUCCGUAGUAGCAGAUCUCACACUAUAUUCAGGAUGGUUAUUGAAAGCAAGGGGAUCGACUCAUCUUCAAACUUUGAUGAUGCUAUUCGUGUGUCUGUUCUGAAUUUAGUAGAUUUGGCUGGGUCUGAGAGGAUUGCUAAAACUGGAGCAGGAGGAGUCCGGCUGAAGGAAGGAAAAUACAUAAACAAGAGCUUAAUGGUUCUUGGCAAUGUGAUUAAUAAAUUAAGUGAUAGCACAAAGCAAAGGGGGCACAUUCCUUAUCGAGACAGUAAGCUCACUCGUAUUCUUCAGCCAGCUCUUGGCGGGAAUGCCAAAACUUCAAUUAUCUGCACUGUGGCACCAGAAGAGGUACACAUAGAAGAAACCAAGGGAACCCUUCAAUUUGCUAGUAGAGCUAAACGCAUCACCAAUCGUGUUCAAGUGAAUGAGAUCCUGACCGAUGCUGCUCUGUUAAAGCGCCAAAAGCUAGAAAUCGAAGAAUUACGGAACAAACUUCAGGGAUCUCAUGCUGAGGUGUUGGAGCAAGAAGUACUAAAACUGAGAAAUGAUAUGCUUAAGUAUGAACUAGAACGUGAAAAGCUUGCUAUGGAACUGGAGGAGGAGAGGAAGUCACACAGAGAACGAGAUCAAUGUAUCAAGGAGCAAGAGGUAUCUGUUAAGCAGAAGUUGACGGAAGAAAGCAGUGUCAAUCACACAAUGGGCAAGGAGGAUAUUUUUAGUACCCCUGCUCUAAAGCCAGUUCCAAGUGCAUUUGUUGUCAAGCGAUCACAUCAGUUAAGGCGAUCUGAAUUCAGCCCACUUCCUAAUACAUUUGGUGAUAUUGCUGAUGAGGACACAUGGUUGCAAAUGAACAAGGGCUUUGUUGCAGACCUUGACUCACUUCACAUAACGCCAGCUAGAAAAGAUCCAUCUUUUCCAGCAAGUGAUGGAGCUUCUAAUUGUUCAAGUGAUAUAUACGAAGAACAAAUAAAGAGUCUUCAGAGACAAUUGAAGCUUGCCACUGAAGAAAGAGAUGAACUGGAGAGACAGCAGAAGGACCAAAUGCUACUAAACAGUCGCUUGAUGCAAGAGGUAUCUGAACUUCAACAAGAGGCAGCGAUUAUUAGGGAAAUCCCCAAAAGGUUGCAAGAGUCUGUAACAAAUUGCAAAAAUGUUUACAAGGAUGCUUUGUCUAUUUGUCAGAAUUCAGUAGCUGAUGAGAGCUUGCCAACUGCGAAACUACUUUCAAGUGCAUGUGAGAUUGGCUCAAUUCUUUUGUCAACCUUAGAAACCCACUUUUCAGUUGCUACUGAUAGCCAUGAUACCUCCCUAGGAAGCAAUCUCUCAGUCCAAGAACAAUGCAACAUGCUUCGAGAGAGGCUAGUUAAUACAGUUACAUCUUUGGGGUCAUCGGAAGCACCAAUUGUCAAAGAUGAAUGUACAAAGAAUUCUCUUCAUGGCUGCAUUAGUAAGGAAUUUUCCUUGGGAGAAGAAAUCACUUCAUGGAAGGAAAAUAUGAAUAAUGAAGUCACCUCAAUCCAGGAAAAAUAUCACAGCUUAGAGAAGAAGUUGGAAAUCAGUAACCAACUUCUUGACGAGACCAAGGAAAGAUACCAUACUUUAGAAAAUGAAUUCUAUCUAUUGACAGAAGAAAGAGUUUCUCUUCUUCAAACUGCCUCUGGUUCAUCUCAAAGACUUGCCAUGGUCACUGAUCAGAAGGAUAAGAUAUUGCAGGACUUGAAAAGUGAAUUGAAAAGGAGGAAGCAUCUCGAAGAAGUGAUCAAAGAGUUUAGUGCAGAGUUCUUAUGCCAACACAGGUCACGCGUAUCUUUUCACACAGAAUUCAAAUCCAUAGUUGAGAAUUCGAAGGCACAGAAGUCAAUACCCAAAUCUCUUGGCUAUUGAUAGUUUCAAAUAAUUUAGAUAUUAAUGUUAUCACAGGUGUCUUCUGUGUCUUAUCUGAAGAUCGUUCAUUAUGUCUUCAAAUUUAAAGAUUAGAAUCUCAGAUGCUGUUAGAAAUUAGAAUAUUAAGUACUCUCCUAAGCUUGUUACUAUGCUUCAUAUCAUUUCUGCAUUUGACAAAAGAUCUAAUACAGAAAUUCUGUUAAUCGGGUUCA